AUUUUUAUUAUUUGUUCUUCGUUUUAUUUUUUCCCGUACAUACUACAUAGUGCAUACUUAACUUAUCUCAUUUAAUUUAUUUGUGACGGGUCUCCUUAUUGGCAAGAAAUGGUUGAUGCCCUUACCAUAUGUAGGGAAGGGUUCAAAGCCCCUUUUGAGUCUGAUUUGAGGGGACCCAUUUUGACUCAAUUGGUAAAUGAUGUGAAGAAGGAAUUAGGUGAACAACGCCAGAUAUGGAGCACUAAAGGUUGCACAAUCAUGACUGAUGAUUGGACGGAUAGGAGAUAUAGAACUCUCCUUAAUUUUCUUGUUUCUUCCGCAGGGGGCACCGUUUUCAUCAAGUCCAUUGAUGCCUCCACCCAUUGCAAGAAUGCCACCUACCUAUGUGAGCAGAUAGAGGAGGUGAUUGAUGAGGUGGGUGAGGAGAACGUGGUACAGGUGGUGACCGACAAUGCAGCAAAUUAUGUUGCUGCAGGUAAACUUUUGAUUACAAACUAAUUUUGUUUGCAAAUUAAUUACUAUUUUGUAACUUCAUUAAUUACAAUGCAACAAAUUAUGUUGUUGUAGGUAGACUAUUGAUGGAGAGGCACACAUCUAUAGUUUGGACUCCAUGUGCCACCCAUUGCAUUGACCUCAUGUUGGAGGACAUUGGAAAACUCCCAUGGGUCAAGAGAUGUGUAGAAAGGGUGAGAAAUGUGUGCAAAUUUGUAUAUAAUCAUUCAUGGGUGUUGGCUCUUAUGAGACAAUACACAAAGCAGAAGGAAUUAGCUCGUCCAAGAAUCAUAAGAUUUGCCACAAACUUCAUCACAUUGCAGUCCCUGCUUCGCUGUAAGUCAGCCUUGA